AUGGAAAGGCCCGUGUCAAGGGGGAAAGACGCCACCGAUAUUUUGGAAUACAAGAGUCAGUCUGCCUGGGAAGAGAAUGGAAUUCCAAAAAUCCUCGAGGUUUCCUUUAAAAAUGUGGAAAGGAAUAAUGAGAACACUUUGGGAAUGCAAAUGAUGCUCGAUGAUGAUGAUGAUGAUGAUGAUGAUGAUGAUGAUGAUGAUGAUGAUGAUGGCGAAAAAGAAGCAGCACUCAUCAACAACCCGCCCAAAGAUAAAAAAACACAAGAUGCUGUCAAAUUGAAACCCAUUACGCAAUCACCAAAGAUUCAAUUUGAAAGCAGCCAGCAGGUGAAUAGGAAAGUUGUCGUUAGAAUUAAGGAGAACUAUAACCAUGAAAAAAAAAGUGAUUUAGAAGAUGCUCCAGAAGUGAUGAAUUCAGAAAAUAGCAUUCCGCUAUACUUGAUCAAAAGGGGGAAGUUUAAAGGGCAUUAUGAUGAUAGAAUUAUGAGAUGCCUUAGUUGUCAGAAAGGAGGAAUCGAUAAGAGAUGUAUCUGUAGAACUUAUUGUCUCGUUUCUUCACCUUUAAACCAGAUAUCCAAGAGCAAUAUGGCUGAGAUUCCAUCCGAUCCACCUCUGGACUUAGAGACUGAAGAAAAUAUUAUCGAAAGUGAAAAUAACAGUUUGGAAGAUACACAAGAUACUAAGACUCUCACUGAUGUUACCAACACACUGAGUCUGUUCAGCUUCAAGUACCAUAUAUUCACAUUGAAAGGUAUGUUGUCCCGGAAAGACAAGAAAAUUUACUCAGAAGGAAACAGUGGACAGAAUGAGCUACUGAAUUCUUCCCUGGGGGGUUGUUACGAUGGGCGUUUGAUACAUCAACAGAACGAGCUCAUAAGAUAG